UGCUAUAAAUCCCCCCUGCCACCAGGCACCAGCUGGCAGAAAGCAGGGGACUUAUCGCGGGGUCAUAGCGCUGCCCCCAGUUGGGUGCCUUGAGGGAAGAUGCUGGACGUAGACUACACACAAUUCGAGGGAUCCCAGUAUGGAUACAUGUUCCCCAAUGGUUGCAUCUAUGACUUGGAUUCAUGCAAACAAGAACCCGCCUUCCCUACCUGUCUUGCAGACUCUGAGAGCUCUCCAGAGUCUUGCGUAAACUGGCUGGGGAUGCAGGAGGCCGGAUACGAUCCCUUCGAAGCGGGACACUUUGCCCAGCUGCAGAACGUCCCCCUUUCCUAUCCCCAGAUCCCUCUGGAUGCAGUCUAUAACCAGGAUGGAAUGAUACCUAUGCCUAAUAUGGGCCUGGGAUACAAGGAGGAGUACAACAAUCAGCCUUAUGUCCCUUACUGCCAAUACCCGAUUCCCCGGGAUGUUUCCAGCCCGUCAUCUGAAGAAGAAGAAUUCCACGGGGAGAGCAGGAAUCUGGAGGUGUCUUCUGACAGUGAUUUGGAUGAAAACCUUGCACCGGGUUUUGAUCCAGGCUCUCGGCGUAAGUUGCGCCUCUACCAGUUCUUGUUUGAGCUCUUGGAGCGCGGAGACAUGAAGGAAUGUGUGUGGUGGGUGCAGCGCGAGGCGGGCAUCUUCCAGUUCUCUUCCAAGCACAAAGAAGUUCUAGCGCACCGAUGGGGGCAACAGAAAGGCAACCGCAAGAAAAUGACCUACCAGAAAAUGGCCCGAGCCCUGAGGAACUACAGCAAGACGGGCGAGAUCCGGAAAGUGAAGAAGAAGCUCACAUACCAGUUUGGGACCUCGCUGUUGAGCCAGCCAACCCCCUCCUAAAUUCUCUCCUCCAAGUAUACGAGGUUGGGACAAUGCCACAAACGUACUGGUGUUUACACUCAAUUUCCCCUGGAAAUCUGUUCUACUUGUGUUCAAACAAUUGCUCUGCUGUGGACGCCUAUUUGAAGAACCAAAGAAAGGAGCUUCCAGCUAGUUAUCUCAAAUUGUGUGGCAAGAUGCUUAGAUCCUGGUUGGAGGAGCAGAGAUAAGAACCAUUAUGAACAGAAUUGGGUUGGCAGAGGUAAAGGUAACAUGAUCGGGACUUUUCAGGACUACAACUCCCACGGUCCCAAGCAGUAGGAAUUUCUGGACUACUUUUUGCACCAUAGCGCCCCAAAUCCUCAGCCAGCAGUCUAUAGACUUCAGGAUUCGGAGAGUUGUAGUCCCCCUUCCCCAAGAGAAAAAUUUCCAUUCAGGGUUAGAAAUGGGCCCAAAACUUACUGGAAUGUACAUAGAGUCAAGAAGUUUAUUUAAUAAUCCAUGGGUUGUUUUUAAAAUCUCUAUAGGGGUGGGGAUAAGGGUUUGGAACAAAACAUGAUUGUUUUGAAAUUGAUCUCUUCUGUAUAAAUUGUAAAAUAUGAAAAUAAAAGAGAAU